AUGUCUGCAGCAGGAUACGACAGACACAUUACCAUUUUCUCGCCGGAAGGCCGUCUGUACCAAGUCGAAUAUGCCUUCAAAGCCACAAACCAAACAAAUAUCAAUUCUAUGGCCAUCAGGGGCACAGACUGUUGCGUGGUGAUAAAUCAGAAGAAAGUGCCAGACAAGCUCUUGGAGGCUUCCACGAUGUCAUACCUGUUUCAAAUCUCUAGACAUGUCGGUAUGGUGGCUAAUGGACCCAUUCCAGAUGCCAGAAACGCUGCGCUGAGAGCUAAGGCUGAAGCCGCUGAGUACCGUUACAAAUACGGCUACGACAUGCCAGCAGACGUGCUAGCCAAGAGAAUGGCAAAUCUUUCGCAAAUCUACACUCAGAGAGCAUAUAUGAGACCACUGGGCGUGAUAUUGACGUUUGUUUCGGUUGACGAAGAAUUGGGACCUUCCAUCUACAAGUGCGAUCCUGCCGGUUACUACGUCGGCUACAAAGCUACUGCCACAGGACCCAAACAGCAAGAACUGACGAGUGCUUUAGAGAAGUAUUUUAAGAAACGCAAGGUCGAUCAUGUUGCAGAGGAAUCCUACGAUAAAGUAGUUGAGUUCGGUAUCACCCAAAUGAUUGAUGCUCUGGGCACUGAGUUCAGCAAAACAGAUCUCGAAAUCGGUGUUGCAGUCAAGGAAAAGUUUUUCUGCCUAACGCCGGACCAAAUAGAGGAGAGAUUGGUCGCCAUUGCCGAGCAGGAUUAG